ACACCAUGUCGCGGCGGCGGCGGCAGGAGCGGCGCCGGGGCCGGCAGCCUCUGGCAGCCUCUCGGUGCUCCCCUCGCCCGGGCAUGGCACGGCACGGCCCGGCGAUCACGCCGGGAGCCGGCAACGGCAACCGCGGCCCCGCUCUCGCAUGGAGGGAGGGAGGGAGGGAGGGAAGGGAAGGGAAGGGAGAAGGGGGGGGGGAAAGGGGGGUUCACGCCCAGCGCCGCGGCGGAGCCCCCGCCGCCUCCGAGCCCUUCCCGCGGCGCUGCCCUCGCAUGAAACGGCCCCGGGCACCGGCGGGUCGGGGCUGCGCGUCCCGGCGGCGGGGCUGGAGCGGGGUGCUGCGAGCCAGACAAAGAUAGCCGGGGAGGAGGAGGAGGAGGAGGAGGAGGAGGAGGAGGAGGAGAAAAGGGAUACAAAAUAUACUGCGAGCAAGGCGGGGGGGGGGAGAGAAAGAGAGAGACAGAGAGAGAAAACAGCUCCCCCUUCCCUUCUCCAACAGGAAAAACCGGCGGAAACGCGCCCGCCCCAAAGCACUGCUGGACCCCAGGCCCACAGGAAAAACGUUCCUGCCCCGUGGGAGACCUUUGCAGAAACGGAGACAAAUCCUAGCCUCCAGAACCAGAUCCAACGCUCAUAAGGUGGCAUUUUAACUCAUGGUUUGCUGACAGCCAGAACUGUCUCAGGCCCUGUUCCCGCAUUCUCCAGCAGAAUCUGAACUGUGGAAAAACCUCAUUAACCUCUCUCGAGCUAGUCACGUCAGGCAGUUGCACGCAGGUGUAAACCUUGGCAGGAUUUGUCUCUCAUUGAAGUUCUUUUAUCACA